AUCCAUGGCUAGGCAAUACAUUCACAACAUCAAAGCUUCUGUUAAAAAACUAGCAUUAAUUCUUUCACCAUCACAUCUCGGGUCUCAUGAUAACCUUUGCAUGCCACACGGAAGCACGGAAGGCGACACACUUGCUCGGUGCAUUUCUGAAAGCUACAGGGUUUAUUCAGGAUCAGAAUUGCUUGAAUCUUCCACUGAUGGCAGUGAUUCACUUCUAAAGAUGAUUUGGCACCACUCAAAUGCAAUUCUGUGAUGUACUACGACGG